GUAAAAAUAAACAACUAAUGGACUCGUUUUAUGAAUGCUUGGAUCGUGAAACUGAAAUAGAUUGGUAGCUAGUUGGUGAGGCUUUUUGAUUUAUUUGCCAGUUAAUUAACCUGAAGCUGGAAUUCCCAAGUUGUUCGGUGCUUACCGCUCAUGCCGGCGAGCAAGCGAAACAGACGGCUCGGCAGCGCAUCAAGUGUGACGUUACACAUCUGCCCCUAAACUCAUAAAUAUAAAUGGCUUUGCCCUCCGGCUGUCCUACGAAAGGAAAUUUCCCAUAAGGGACGCUAGUUGCAUGGAGGAUUUAGCAACGGUAACAAGCGAGCACGCUCAUUUUUUUCAACACAUAUUAAGGACAAUAGACGAAGUAUGUUUCUGAACGCUGCACCAGGCUUCAUUGUUGACAAUAUGACUGAGCGUCGAAGAUUACCGUUCGAUUUGAGCAGGGGCGCGCCACCCGCAGACGGCUUCGUCCGUCACCUUUACGGGCCAUGGCCCGGUUUAACCCGGAGCAUCUUAAUCGAAUUCCCUCGUUGGAAACCAUGUGUACAUAUUGCAUUGGUUCCGAAUGCUUAAGAAGACACUACAUACUACUGCUGUGUGUGGUAGUAGUGGGGUGUACUGUGGCUGUCAUAAGUCUGUUUGCCCAGAAAAACAAUCUAAUUGCACAGAGACAGCAGUCAAAUAUUGAAACCUCUGCGGCAGAGAGGGAAGAGAUGAAGUCUCUGAAAUCAGAGGACUACAGCGUUCUUCUAAAUAUGAUUUUAAAGCAGGAAGGGUGGAAGUAUAUCAACUCCAGUUUGUACUACAUCUCUACUGAGACCAAGUCCUGGGGUGAGAGCAGACCUUACUGCCAACGGAAGGGAUUGGACCUGGUGACCAUAAACAGCAAAGACGAAGAGGACUUUCUCCUUGAAGUGGUCCGUGCUAAGAAGUUGGAUGUAGCCUGGAUUGGUUUUUCUCCCAACAACACAAAGGAGAUAUCUACACGGGUGAAGAGAGGUGUGGGGUCAGAAGACGGUGCUCAGGAAGAGGACUGUGCUAAGCUUACGGUAUACGAGACACCUGCAGUGAAAGAAGUAACCGGGAGACAAUGUGGGACACAAAAAUACUGUAUUUGUGAAAAAUACCUGGAUGUCAAAUACAAUGUAAGCAAGAGAAACCGUUAACUUGUUCUUCUGAAAGGAUUCGACUUUUUAAAAUGGAGGGAACAACUGCUAGCUUCAAUGUUUCUUUUUAAAUGGAGGGAACAACUGCUAGCUUCAACUUCUUUUUAAUGGAGGGAACAACUACUAGCUUCAAUGUUUCUUUUUAAAUGGAGGGAACAACUACUAGCUUCAAUGUUUCUUUUUAAAUGGAGGGAACAACUGCAUUUUCCAAGAAGCAACUGUUAGUCAUUCCAGUUAGGUUGGUGAGGGUUUUUUACCCUGAAAUACACAUCUGCACCGAAUAUUAAGACAAGUUAAAAGGGUAGUUUUCUGUGGUAGAAAACCCCCCCUGCAUUGUUCCAAUACGCAAAAGCACUUUCAGUCAAUAAGCUUUCCAUUUUAUCCAGACAGUUUUCAACUGAAGUCAAUGGGCAGAUUGAUAAAAACAUUUAAUUAUUAUUUGUUUUAAAGUAAACAUAAAUAUUUCACAUUAAUUUCACGUAAAAACAACAUUUAGUAAAACAUUGUGUUUAGACCGGGGGGCGGAUACAGCAGGGUAGGAACACACACCGUACACACACCGUACACACACACAGCAGGGUAGGAACACACACCGUACACACACACACACACA